CGAGCGGGCACGGGCCUCGUCGGCAGCCGCCGGCCUGCGCCGCGGUGCCCCCCUCUCCUGUGGGCUCCGGGCACCCUUCUGGCGGCGCCCCGCGCUCCCUGCGCUGUCCUGAGGCUGCGGCUCGCUGUACUCCGCUUUCCUCCCACUCCGCGCCCUCCGCCGGUGCGGGGCCCGAGCCGCAUCGGCAUCCCCCUUCCCUGUGGCUCCAGCGCUUCCCGGCGCGGCGGAGGGCACCUCGAAGGCGGCGCGGGGACGGCGGCCCGCCCGCCCUCGCCUCUCCCCCGAGGGAGCGGGGAGCCGCCGCCCGCCCCUCCUAGCGCGGCGCCUCGGAGCGAGCCGAGGGAGCCAGCGGGGCCCGGGCUGAGGGAGCCCGGCGGGGGCGGCCGGGCCGGGGGCCGAAGCCUGGCGGUGUGGAGCGGGUUUGCGGGCCGGGCGCGGGAGCGAGGCCUGCCUGCGAGCCGGGGCGGCGGGGGUGGCGCCGCUGCCGGGGAAGGGCCGGGUGGCGGCCCCCGCUCCACCUGACCGGGCUGGUGCCCGUCCCCGAGGACUGGGUUGGGCUACCUUGAGUACAGGGCUGUCUUUCGUAUUAAUCCACCCCCCCAGUUAUUUCCCAGUUUGACCACUUAAUCCAACAGUGCCAGAAUUAAGACUGCAGGAGUCUUAAUUCCGCUCCCUAAUGCAUGGGAGUAACAGCUGUUGUGCCAUAGGCAGGUUUCACACCACAAGGUUCUUCACAGUGAAGUACCUCAAACAGGUAACACUCAAUAGCAGCUGAGCCACAGGACUGCCUUUGUGAGACUGUUGCUACCCCAAGAGCAAUUAACAGCAAUAAAUCUAUUUCUUAGGUUACUUUGUGGUCUGAGAGGUCAGUGAUGUGUCAUCUGAAAGCUAACAAUCUGCUCACUCUCUUCUCACUAGUAUCUAGGUACAGUUCCAGUAUGUGGCCAUACUUGUCAUAGGAUACUGACAGUAGAAGUGACAUGAGGCAUUGGAUAUAUUAAAGAUGCAAUUAGCACCUAAGCAUUAGGUUGUUCAAUAUGAAGAUAAAACUGUCAGAUGCAAGGUGCUGCUUUCUCCUUAUAUGGAAAUUCUUCCUGCCUCUUCUGCCUCCCUCUCCCAAGUUCAGUUGUGGAAUAGCAACAAAGAAAGAACUAGGACAAGCUUACAAUAAGCUUUCAGUAUCAACUAAGAUAUUACGUUUUAAAAAGUUCAACUGAAAUGACUUUCUAGAAGGUGAGUUGUGAGCUUAAUCCACAAGUCCCUUCCAGGCUACAUCGUAAGAGAAAAUGUCUUAAGGUUUUUUAGUGUUAGCUUUUGCACUUCAAAUUCAGACCUUUUUAAGCUUGCUUCAGUUGGAUUUCAUUAGUUAAAACAGCAGAAUACACUGCUUGAGACCAAUGUAAAAAAGGAAGCAUGAACCUAAGUUCAGUCAAGAUCUUUUAAGAAAUAUCUAUAUAAAAUUAAUUCAUCAAGUUGGAGUUCAUAGUAUGUUUCUGGUCACAAUUCAGGUACAAGACAGCUCAUAGAAGUUUGAGUGAUGCAGACUUUCCCAGGAGUUUGCCUGACCUGUGCCCACACACCCCUUAAUCACCCCGCCCCCCCCCAAAAAAAACCAAACAAAAAACAAACCCUAAACAAACCCCAUUUUUUUUUUUAUGAUAGCAUCUGCCUGCUUUCCCAGAGCCUUGACAUCUUAACAGUGAACAGGUGAAAGAACUUCCAGCCUCAUCUGCUGGCUCUUGAGAUGAGCCACAGCCCUGCAUGAAAAUUCUUUCUUUUGAAUCCUGUUCUUCAGUAGACUGUACAGUGCUGAAGCAUUACUUAACCAGGUGAAAGACAUCUUACAAGCAAAAUGGAACAUGAGAAGUAGCACAAGAUCUGUAAAUAGAUUUGAGUUCUCCUCUACUAGUAGAGAUUAGUUUUUGCCAUUUCUGUUGUAGCACUUGAUCUACAGAAGAAACGUGACUUAUGCUUUUUGCACUUCUUGAAGAUGUAUGAAACACAUACUUAAAGGCUUUCUGGAAGAGGGUGGCUGCUAUCAGAAGCUGGGUUGUCACCCUUCCACUCCUUCCUGCCCUCCCUGUGGCAAAACAUUAAUUCAAAACCCAGAGGUUUCAAGAGAUUUAAGAGUUUAGAAGGUGUAAGAGUGAUUUCAUAAUUCUACCAUUUGUUCCGAGGAAGCUAAUAUAGUACUCAAAUUGAAGGUACUGAUUCUCAAACACUAGCUGGUGGUCAUUUUGCACACUGCUAGAAAAAAUGGGACGUUGUUAGAAGUGACGUUUAAUACAAACUAAGUAGUUGUUCUUUGACUCCAGUUUCAUAGUAACAGAAGUUUACUUGGUAAACUUCUUACAUAGUAAACUCUAAUAAACUUCUACCAGAUUAAGCUAGUAGAGAUGUCUGCCAUAUUAGUUUGACAGAGCAAUGAAAUACUCCCAUAUUUGCUUCUACAGAGAGAGUGGUCAUCAAAACAUUGUUUGAAUGGCUGUGGCCAUUUUAUGGUUAUUGCCUGUAUUUCUACAUGUAAAGAAUUAGUUGUCGGUGCCUGUAUUGUCCCUGGAAUCUGUUUUAUCCCAGGAACAGGGAGUCAUAGAGCAAUGGAGUCAUAUUCACCCUUUCCUAUAAAGGGGUUAAAAUAGGGAAGCAGCUCAUUAGUUCUCACUUCGGAGGCUGUGAUUACAUGGUCAUAUUGUCAAAAAGUUGUGUUGCUGCCAGAAAGCAUUCACCUGUCCUUCCACAUCUAGGUAUUUUUCACUGCUUCCCUUGUGGGCACUGAAUAACUUGUACAGUGACACUAUGAAUUGGGUCAUCUGGCUGAAAACUAGGCAACCCAGAAACAAAAAUUUUUCACUGAAAUUGAUUUACUGACCAGGACUUACAUGGGAUCAUUUACGCUGGUGUGUUCUAGGUGGCCAAGGAUGUGCUGGGAAUCCCCACUUUCAGCAGAGCCACAAACUUAUGCUAGUUUAAAAGAACUGUGAAAUCACGGGCUAGGACGGGUAUUCAGGAGACUGAACUAGAUCCCUGCACUCAUCCUGCUGUUCACAGCAGAAGUGCCAUUGGCAACACUCCGCUUCUCAGCUGGGCUCUGCAGAGGGAGGCGGAACAUGUCAUGGAUGAUCUAGUGUUUUCAAACUAAUACCGUUGCAUACCUGCUCUUUUUUUCUUUUGUGGGUGCAACCAUAAGGGCAAAGAAACAGGUUUUCUUCAUACAGGGCUCUGAACCUCUGCCUGUGGAAGAUGUUGCCUGUCAAGUCUUUGUACUAACCUGAUCCAGAUCAAUAAAUAAACUUUAUCAUCAGUGAGGACUUGCUUGAAUAAGUAACUAAAGGACGGAAAAGGUAGCCAUUCCAUUAGUAUGCUUUUCAUUACAGAAGCACAUUAUUUAUAGGUGGUAUAGCUUACAUGGAGACAUCUUAGAGGUCCGAAAGCCAGACAAUAAGUCAUGAGCUUUAAAGCAGGAGUUCGUCUUCUAGAUGUAACUUUUAGUGUAUAAAGAGAGGCUUAUUUUUCCUCCUUGAUAUUUUUAGAUUUGGUUAGAAUUUCAUUAAAAUACUUAGGAGCUACAGUCACCAAAGUAAACCCCUUUCUUCAGAAGAAAGAUUGUUUUCAAUCAAACUAAAGAGGAGUAAUUUCAGACUUAGACAAGAAUAUGUGUUUUGGUACAGCUUUUGGGCUCUUCUUGAGUAGAUGUUGAUAAAUUUACAGCAGACCCUAUCAGCGUAGAGUGCCGCCUUCUGGCAGAGCUCUGGGGGAAAGGAGCAAGUUGCUAGUUUUGAUUACAUCCAUAGGAAUGUGAAAGAAACAGAAGAACAGAAAGAAACAAGAAAUCAGAGAACACAUGUUAGUUUCACUCCUAAUCAGUUGAACUGCUUUUCAAGCAAGUAGUAGUAGAAUCAAGAAGUGUUCUAACCUCAGAAGAUACUUUACAUUGCUAUCUUGCUGAAGUGUUUUCAAUGUGAAACAGGGUGCUACAGACUGAGAGCUGAAGGUAUGGAUUUCAGUUUUCACAGAUAAGUAUUGCUGUGUUGGAAUUCGCAUGAACAUGUUACAUAGAUUUACAGUAUACAUUGUCUUGUUAACAGCAUAGUUAUGGCGCUCAUUAUGUAAUACCAAUUGCAACACAAACCACCAAAAUGCCUUUUAAAUAGAUUAUUUUCAGUGGCAGUCCAAGACAUGAAGAUUAGAAGUUAGAAAGAGCGAUCUAGUGAUCAGAGAGAAAUCUUAGCAUCUUGAAAUCAGAAAUUUGGAAUGUAAUUGCAGGAAUACUCUGAUAAUUCAUAUCAAGAGAUGAUAGAAAUGCGCGGGGGAUCCUGGAAUAGCAGGCUUAUAGAGGUGACCUGGCCAUACACCUUGGUUACACCAUGGGGCUGGACCACAGGAACUGGUGAUGUUUUCAUCGCCUUCAUGGAAAAGCUAAUCUGAUUUGGUUCUGUUGUCCAGCCUGCAGUAGGAGGGAGAAUGGUGGUGGGUAAAUGUUACUGCUAAUAAAGCAUGAGGUUUUUAUUCUUCCAGUACUUAAUUGGCAGCAUUCCCAAGAAUGCAAAUGACAAAGUUUCACAGUGAGGCUGACAAAAUGUCUUACUCAGUUACUUUUCUUGAAUGGUAUUGGAGAAAUAUUCAGAUAUUACAGGAAUCAGUAGAUAGCACAGAAACAGGUAGAAAACCAUUACCUACUGAACACAGGUGAAUGAGUAUGGAGCUUAAGAACGUUUCUGGCUUUGACUUGAACUUUUACAUCUACAAUAAAUGGAGUGCAGAGGGACAAGAGCAAUCCGCAGUGGAAAACUAACACAAAUUAAUUCUUACUUCUUCAAUGACAGCUACUACGUAAGAAGAAGUUGUCUGUUAGAAGGCAUCUAAUCUGUAUGUGAAUUUCCACUGAAAUAAUCCACUUUAAUUCAUAGUAAAUUUCUACAUCUACAUCUACAAUCUACAGAUUGUUACUUAAGUACUGCAUAUUAGGUAAGAGGAAGGGGUGUGGAGGUUGGAAGAGGAGGGAGAGUGGGUGGUGGUGCCACUUCAGCCUCCUCUAGUGGAUGGUGUGACCAGCUGGGCAGGUAUCUCCAUGCAGACACCAGUGGAUCCUCGGUUAACUGCCUGGGUGCGAGCUCUGAUUUGAGUGGUGGGCUAAGUACCUUAAUGCAGAUGGUUCCCUCUUGACGGAUGUUUUGUUUCAUCUUGGUGGUGUCAGUUUCUAACUGUUCUGCUCCACGGUUCUCAGCAGCCAAUCAGAAAUCUGUGCUGUGUAUGGACCUGUGCUGCCAGCUCAGGAUGCUGGAAGGACUCAGACCCAGAUGAGACAGGUGGUAGAGGAGUGCAAGGGUAGUUUUUUGGAGCAGGAUGGUGUGGUAAGAGAGUAAGGGGUAGUGGAAGUAUGGCGUAAGGUCCUGGUCUGUGGCAUGAAGGUGGCAAGUACGUAUUUAGGUCAGGUCCCAGAUGAAAGUGGAGGUGUGGGAGAGAGGCGAAAUGCCAGGUUUUGAGAGCCAGAGCUGUGUGCUGCUUUAGUAGUAGGGGAGACGGGCUUGAGAUCCUACUUCAAAGAAGCGCUAAGGAGGAUAGGUAAGGAGGAUGAAGGAUGGUGUGUGGAUGUUAAGAGUGCAAUAAAAAAUGGAGAUGGUGAAGUUGGUCCAUGAUACUUAGGUCCAUUUCUGAUUGUGAGGUGGGCAGAAAUUGCGGGUAUCUUCUCUGUUAAAUAUUCUGGUUUUAAAUAUUAAUACUUAAAACCUUUACAUAAAACCUAUGUAAAUAUAAUCAAAGAAAGGGAAAAUAGUAUAAAAAAUAGGAAUCUAAUUUAUAAAAUAAUACAGAUAUAAUUAAAGGAAAAAUAAAAGGAUUAAGGAAAAGAAAAUUAGAAUAGUAAUUAAAGAAAAAAUUAAAGAAAAGAAAAUGUUGUAGAUGUACUUUACCUGGGCAAAUUCAAGUCACAGGCAGAGCUGUGAGUUGCUCCCUGUGUUAGAAGCACUGGUGGCAGUGUUAAGACAGUCCUGCUGUUAGAAGCUCCAGCAACUGUGGCAAAUGUGUAACAAACUGAAGAGUCUGAUACUAUUAACAUUUUUUUCAGUGUGAGUACAAGGCUGAUCAAAUUAAUUCUAAACUGUCUCUUUGAUAAAAUGCAUAGUUUGAAUUCCUGUAUUCUGUGGUAUAAGGCCUCUUUUGUCAUCCUUUAAUCAUAUUCACAGAUCUUCCCUGAGCUUUCUUCAUGUUGUCACUAUGCUUCUUGAAGGCUCUAUGUAAGUACUAGACAGAGCAUUUGAACAGUGAUCAUAUCUGUGUCAAGUACAAAAAUAAAAUCUCCCUGCUCUUCCUUGAUGUUGCCGUUUGUAUCAGCUGUUCUAACCAGUCUUCUGCUGAAAGUUUCCAUUCAACCAGUUUGUGACGUACCUCCCUGGUUUUUAUCAAAGUUCAGCGUGCCUGAAGUGCGUGCUCUGUAGUGUGUAUAUUGCAUGCCACCUUUGUUUCUGGGUAUGCAUUUAUGUUUUAUUCUGUUGAAUUGAACAUUACGCAUCACCUUUUAACAAAACAAUGCAGACUGUUCUGUGUCAGUAGCAUGUCAUCUCCAUUAUUUGUCAAUCUCCUAGCCUUUGUUUUUACCUGCAGAUUUUAUCAAUAUAUAUUAUACAUCCAUGUAAUUUUAUUUUAUAUAUAUUUAUUUUAUAUAUAUAUAUUUAUAAAUAAAGAUUGCAUAAGGCCAAUGCCAGAACCUUGUGAGGCCCACUAGAAAUCUCGUAUAACAAAUUAACAAUGUAGUAACCCUAUUCUCUUGCUUGAGACUGCCAUUCCUACAGUGAAAGCUUUUGAAUGGGCAGUGUGCUCCUGAAUUGUUACAUUUCGCACCUGUUAUUUGAAAUCAAAUAGAUGAUGGUAUAUAUUUGUAUUAAAACAUCACACUGUAAACUCUAGGAUCUGAAAGCAGGCACGCUGGUUGCUUUUCAAGUUCUCCUGUAAAAUGCAGCGUAGGGUGGAGAGGUGGACAGGUAACCUUUAAUCCCCACAGCUAAACCUAGCAAAGCUUGUGAACCCAAGUCAAAGACACUUACUGAUUGUUUAUAUUAAAAAAUAAAUCUUGGAACCUGACUUGUUGGGGGUUUUUUGUUUGGUUUUUUUUUUUUUAAUACUACUUAAAUAUGCUAGAAUGAUUUUGUAUCUAGUUUCUCAAUCAAAGUGCUAGGUGAUAGGCUGUAUAUCUAAGGGUAUUACGUCAUUAUUGCUGUCUUUAUCAGAAAAAACUUGGGGACUCCUUAAAAGUGUCUGAAAAGAUGCUUUCAAUCCUUUUUGACUGUGAUAAGUAUAAUACUCUUCUCCAUUUAAUAAUUCGGUGAUCAAUCUUGUAUUAAUUGCUUUGCUUAAUGCUGGUUUGUAGCUGACAAGUCUUUGAUUGCCCAGCUCAUCCUGUUGAAAUACUGGAACAACUUGAUUUUACCUUUUUGGAUUUUCUUGAGUGUUCCAAGAACUAUAGAAAAUGUACACUAAAGGUCAUAUAUAGUACUGAGUGGGAUAAUCCCUAGGAUGGUAUUAUAUUAAGACUUGUAAUGUAUUCAGAUCCUUUGUGUGUAUUGAAAAUCUAUGAAACUUAACAGAAAUCCAUGAUUUAGGAUCAUUGUGGUGGUAUGGUAAUUUGAACGCAUGUAUAUUUUUUUAAUUGCACUUCAUCCUCAGUUCAAUUUUAGGUGUUUUGUGUGUGUAAAUUAUCAUUAAUAAAUGGCUCACUCACAUGUGUAGAUUGAGUAUUUGUGUAUCUUGAGUGCUGCUUAAGUCAGAUCUGUUGGGCUUCCUAAAUUCUUUUUGGAGAAUGUAGUAUCAGUAAUGUAAUAGCUGACUGGUGUAACUAUGUCAGCGGAAGUUUCCACAGAUGUUUGAGCUUCUGGUGUAACUGAUAUUUGCAUACUUCGAGUGUUUGCCAUUAAGUGUUCAUUUUUUCCUGCAAACUGGUAUAUCUAUAUGCAAGUACUGCUACUUGAUGUUUCUGAUAUUGCUGGUUUUGCAAGGAAGUUAAGAUGCUAAUCUGAUAACAUCUUUUAACUGGUGUUUGACAUGAGUUCUUGCUCCCAAACUAUUUCAAAAAGAAGGCUGAUUAUUAUGGCCACUUUCCCUUUCCUAGCAUCUAACUGCAAUUCCUUCCUUCUGUACUUUCAGUUGACAUGCAACAAUACAAACAGCUGGUUUAUCUAUUAUUCAUCACAGAAUAAAGGAAACAAAAGAACAAAAAGUGGGAAAUGAGGGGGGAGCUUUCUCAGGCAGUUCUGCUACUGGUGAAAUAGUCUUUCUGUCAGCUCCGCAGCUGCUUUCUGUUUCCUGUAAUCAUUUGCUCCUCACCACAUUUAAAUCUUCUUGCACCUUCAGCUGCACUGAUCCAGCUGUUCUGAGGAUGUGUUCUAGCUGUGUGGGAUGAAGACAACCAUUUUUAAGUGGGUCUUUUUCAAAAUUGACUAUUGGUUAUGUCUGCAAUGGAUAUGUCUUUGCCUGUAUAUGGGGUUUUGCUGGUGCAAAUACAUGUAUCGGAGAAUGCUCUUCAUCCUCUUUAUUAUCAGUAUGCCAGCAGAACUGUAUGCAGAGGUUUAAGCAUUUAGUGUAAACCUAGCUUAUUUCAAAAAAUUAGUGUCAAAAAAGUGACUGUCAGAAAGAUUAUUAUAUGUUUAUAUAUUCAAAUCAAAACAAACACCACCAUUUUUUUAAACUGAGUUUCCUAAACUCUGACUAAAACCAAAACCUGGUUUAGAAGGCAUCUAAUCCCAUCUGACACUUUGUUUGUGGGAGUCUGUUGAUCUGACUAAUGUAUUUUCUUUUGCAUUUGUUUUAUUCUGAAAAGCUUUUUUGUUAAGCUCUGCUGAUGGCAAUAAUGGAACAGUUAACUGGACGACUAAGCAAGCCCACAGUUAUAUUAUCAGCAGAAUAAAGGCUGUUGGGAAGAAUGAAUGUCUAACCUUUCUGCACAGAUAUAUCUUGGGUUCUACGUUAAAUCCUUCAAGGAAUCUGGAAACAAGAAAGAAGAAAACAGUGCUGUCGAGGUAGCCGAUAGUCUUCUUUUUCUAGCAGGGGUCUGUUGUGAUCCUGUGUAGUGAAGAUUUUUAUUUUCCCAUGGUUAGUUUCACAGAAGCCUUUCACAGUCCCCAAGAUUUUAGUCUACCACAGGGAGUUUGCCCAGGCAAUUCACAUCUAGCAGUCAGCUGUAUUAGAUCAGUAUCUAGAAGUUGGUAAGUAUAUUCAGUUUCAUCCCUAGAUCACCUAAGAUGAUUAUGCAUUCAUCUCCAGUCUCAGGCAGCCUUACGAAAAUAAUUGUGGGUUUUAAAAGCUUCUGAAGAAAAUAGCAUUUCUCUUGUUUCAUUAUUGAAAAGCAGCGAUUGCUGUAGUGGGCUGAAGACUGAUGAUUUUCCUUCAGAGUUUGAAGAAACUCAGGGGAAAAAGAAGAGGGCUUCUCUGGCAAGAGGAGUGAGAACUUUCAGUUUCUUAAUCUCCAUACUUAUGUCAUUACGAUGUGUUUGUCAUUAUAAGAUAAAAUAUAUUUGUAUGUUUUUUCCUUCUGAGAGGCAUUUUUAGACUUCCACCAAGAUCGCUGUUUCAUAUCUGCAUUAUAUCCUUGUUGAUAUGCUUACUUCAGCAACAGAGAAUGUCUCAUUACUGGGAAUGGGCAGGCAUUUAGUGGUGGCAAUAGUUUUCUUCUCAAAAGGAAAAGGUUGGGUUUUUUUUCAGUAACUGCUGAUUCUGCUAUCCUUCCUUUCUAAAACUUGUGGAGAAAAUAUACAUUAAUUUUUCACUGUUCUAUGUGUUUGAAAUGGAUUUUCAUUGUAGAGUCAAGUACUCAGAAAUGGAAAAAUGUUUUAUCUAGAUAUUUGACAGAUUUUCAGCCAGCCACCAUAUUUUUGUCAGCUUUUCUGCUCUAUUAAUGUUAUAAAUUACUUUUCCAGCUUUUCUUGAAAGUAUUUUAAAGGAAAUUAAUCAGUUGUCUUGCUUUAUUUAUAGCUCAUUCACAGAAGUGAAUGCAAAAUUUUUGAGGGUCAUCGAUUUACUGAUUUUAAUUAUACAAAUCAAAUAUUUAUAUUACUGUACUUAAAUUACAUAAUUAAAGUCACAGUAACUGGUUUAUUAACCACACAAAAUUGUAAUAAAGUAUUUAAAUUUCAGGAUCCAUUUUAAUUUUGUGUUUAAGGUAAAAUUAUUAGAAAGAUACUGUCUUCGGUACUGUGUUAAAAGUGGUUUCCAAAAGCGGAAAAAGCAACUGCUGUGGAAUUUGAUCAAUAGCAUAUCCAAAGUUUGAUACUAUUAAUUCUGCAAUGUCAGUCUUGAAGAGUGGGAAGUAUGUAACUAAAUGUAGAGGUCUACAUUAAAAAUCUCUGCAUCUCCUCUCAGCUGCCUCUGCAGUCAGUGGAGACCUAGUCAGCGUAGUCAGGAUUCUAGGACAUGAUUAAUCUCAUUUUACAGGAGAAAUCAAAUUAAUCAACACCUAAAGUGUCUUGUUUCUUCUCCACUGACUAUAAAAGGAGCCUGACUAACUCAGUGGUGGAUGUUGUUUCUGUAGGCAUCUAAAAUUAGGUGAGAGAGAUUCCGUACUGAGUACGUGGUGCGAGGGAUGGAAUGCCUGUGAUUAAUGCCUAAUUAGCAGUGGCUUUUUAAGCAGCUCUCUAGUAAGAAGGUUGGUAUAACAAGGCUGGAGAAAUUUUACCAGCAUUAGAAAAUUACAUGAGCUUGAGCCGUGUUUCAAGUGUAUCUUGCUUAUUGAUCCAAGUGUUGAAAUUAGCCCUUUAAUCAUCCAGGAGGUACAGAUUGGUUCCUAUGAGUUUGUUGCAAUGACUCUGAAGUCACUUUCAGAGUCACUUUUCUCUAUGAAAGUACCCCCAUGCUGUAGAGCCUAUAACCUUUGUUCAGAGAUGUGACUUCUCAUAAAGGUUCUUUCAGUUGAGCAAGCAAGGCAGGUAGCUGUGGCUGAUCGUUUUUAUUUACCACCUGUGAAAUCCUCAUCUCACUGACAAAAUUUAUCAGCCAUGUUUGAUUCUUUCAGGGCACUGACUUAAAAUUCAGUAGUGAUAUGGAAUAUGACCUACAGUCAGUCCUGUGAAGGCAGCAUGAGAAACAUCUAUUAGAUCAGUAUUCUCCAUUUAUACUUAAAUUUUAAAACUUUUUGAUAAAGUAGUUAUCCAUUUAAUGUAUCGUAAUGAUUUUUUUGUUUUUCUGAUUCAUUAAAAUGUGUAUAUAGUACUGCAUCAAAUAGGUUAUAUCUAAAUAAGAUUUGCCUUUAUCAACUAAAUUUGUAACUACAUAAAAAUAGCAUAUUCCUUUGACACAUGCUGGUUGUGCUGAAUUGAAUUUCCUUUAGGUUUUUAAUUCUCAGUCCUGUAAAAUACAGCUUUGUCUUUUUUGUUUGGAAUCAUUGACACCUGACUGGCCUACAACUACACAUGCCCUUCUGUUUCAUCCAUCUUCAGUAAUGAGCUCUCUAACCAGAUUUUUAGAUGUAUGUUAUCUGAACCUGCUGGUGUAAGAAAGUCUAGCUUUAAGAACUCAGAAAUACUCAACUGAAGUGAGUUUCUUUGUCAUUUUCUGCACAAGAACUGAACUAUUGAUUGGUAAGGUUCAUCUGUAUUCAUCAUGUUCUUUAUUAAAUAAAAUAACAAGAAAACAUGAUUGUAUUAUUCAUUUAAUGUGUAUUUAUUCAUGUGGCAUUACAAAUAAACCAACUAUAAAAUUACAAUAGUCUUCCUUUUUUUAAAAAAAAACUGCAAUAAAAAUAAAGAACUCAUACAAUUUCUAAAAUUCUCAUGUAGCCAGUUUUGUUCAUUGCAAUGUUGGAAGGGAUCCUAUUGGGCAAAGAGAGGGUUUGCUCUGUGUUCUGUUCUUUAAUCUAUGCAACCUUUUAAAAAUCUUAUUAACAGGUAUCUAAUAUUUGUUGCUUUCCUGCUCCCAGAUGCCCACAUUGCUGUUGAAAUGCAUGCUGUAUUAUCUAGAGCAUGUCUCAUUUUUGCUUUUUUCUGUCUCUUGUCUUCCUUCUGCUUUCCAGUGUACACAAUUCUGUCUAAGGUGCACUCUGAUCGGAAUGUAUACCCUUCUGCUGGAGUUCUUUUUGUUCAUGUUUUGGAGAGAGAGUACUUUAAGGGGGAAUUUCCUCCUUACCCAAAGCCUGGUGAAAUAAGUAAUGAUCCUAUAACGUUUAAUACCAAUUUAAUGGGUUACCCUGACAGACCUGGAUGGCUGCGCUAUAUUCAAAGGACACCAUACAGUGAUGGAGUGUUGUAUGGCUCACCAACCGUAGAAAAUGUGGGCAAACCAACCAUCAUUGAGAUUACUGCAUAUAACAGGCGUACUUUUGAGACAGCGAGACAUAAUUUGAUCAUUAAUAUAAUGUCAGCAGAAGAUUUUCCUUUACCAUAUCAAGCGGAGUUCUUCAUAAGGAAUAUGAAUGUAGAAGAAAUGUUAGCAAGUGAAGUUCUUGGUGACUUUCUCGGAGCAGUGAAAAAUGUAUGGCAACCAGAACGCUUGAAUGCUAUAAAUAUUACUUCAGCCCUUGACAGGGGAGGGAGAGUUCCACUUCCUAUUAAUGACAUGAAAGAGGGUGUGUAUGUUAUGGUUGGGGCAGAUGUUCCAUUCUCUUCAUGCUUACGAGAAGUGGAAAACCCACAAAAUCAGCUGAGAUGCAGUCAAGAGAUGGAGCCUGUAAUAACAUGUGAUAAAAAAUUUCGUACUCAGUUCCAUAUUGACUGGUGUAAAAUCUCUCUGGUUGACAAUACAAAACAAGUUUCCACCUUUCAGGAAGUGAUUCGUGGAGAGGGGAUAUUACCUGAUGGUGGAGAAUACAAGCCACCUUCUGAUACACUGAAAAGCAGAGAUUAUUACUCGGAUUUCCUAAUUACACUGGCAGUGCCCUCGGCAAUAGCACUGGUGCUUUUUCUAAUACUUGCCUAUAUCAUGUGCUGCCGACGGGAAGGAGUGGAAAAGAGAAACAUGCAAACACCAGACAUCCAGUUGGUCCACCACAGUGCUAUACAGAAAUCAACCAAAGAGCUUCGUGACAUGUCUAAAAACAGAGAGAUAGCGUGGCCUCUUUCAACGCUUCCUGUGUUUCACCCGGUUACUGGUGAGAUUGUACCACCCCUUCACACAGACAGCUACGAUAAUACCAGUAUGCCACUGAUGCAAACACAGCAGAACUUGCCACAUCAGACUCAGAUUCCACAGCAGCAGAGCACAGGAGAAUUUCGUAUGACAACAUUUCAGAGAUUUGAGGCAAGUAUAUAA